AUGGGCAUGAGGUGCAAGAGGCACCCGUUCCAGGCCGGCGGCGGCAUCUGCGCCACGUGCCUGCGGGACCGCCUGCUCGUGCUCGCCGCCGCGCAGAACGACGCGUCGUCGACGCCGUCCACUCCUCCCGCCACCGCUCCCCCUCCGCCCGCGGAGGCGGCGCCGGCCCCGGCGUUCCCGAGGUCCGUGUCGCCGUACGUGUCCCGCAGGAAGUCCGACUCCUCGGGCGGCGCGCUCAGGCACCACCCGAGCCUGCUCUUCUUCCGGACGCCGCAGGUCGGCCCCGCCUACGGCGGCAGUGCCCCGCUCGAGGAAGGCGACAUCGGGUACCACAAGCCGCGCGCCGGGAAAUUCUCCGUGCUCGCCACGCUCUUCGGCAGCCACCACCACCGCCGCCACGGACCGGAGGACAAGGACAAAGCCAAGGAGCGCAAGAAGAGCCGUUCCUGGCUGGCCGGGAUCAUCCCGCGCCGUCGCAGGAAGCAGGUGCCGGCCGACGCCGUGCUGCCCGCGUCGCCGCCGCCCAGGCGCUCCUGCCGCGUGGUCAGCAACCGGGGGCUGUCGCCGGAGCGGUGCAGUCAGGGCAGCGGCGAGGAGAGCAGCUCGCCCGCCGACCCCCCGUGGCGGCCGUCCCCUUCCCCGAUGCGGAGGACCCCAUGCCGGCGCCGCCAGACCAGCAGCAUGCCGUCGGGAUUCGCCGUGUGCCUCAGCCCGCUGGUGCGGCCCAGCCCCGGACGCCGCCACCGCGCCGCGCAGCCGCCGGACUCGGGCACCUUCUCCUCCGAGCUGCGGCCGUCGCCGCUCCACAGCGCCGCCUCCGUCGGACGCUGCCGCUCACGGAAGCUCGCCGACGGCGCUCGCUUCCGGUGA